GUUGUCCGCAUCACCACAUCACCGUCAAGAGCCACACCAGCAUCAUGGGGUUGAGUACUGUGUCUUCAGCAAUCAUCUGCUGCCACGCUGCUGCGACGUUGAAUUCGUCACAUGCUUUCGUGGUUUCCAAAAGUUCCAUCCGAAGGGCUGGCGCCCUGUCGGAGCGGCGAGAGAGUGCGGUCGCCGCCGCGAUGGACCAGAUGGAGCAGGUUGUGGACGGGCCGGUGGUAGAUCUCAGGGGGGGCAAGACGACGGGGUCGAAAAAGAGGAAGGAACCUUAGGUUAAAAGCAAGAGCUCCAAAGCGUCCAAGUCUAAGAAGGCGCCCAAGAAAACCUUCCUUCGUUGCCACCAUCAAGGCGUUUUUCCAGUCGCUCGUCAACCCGCUUUUGCCUUGAAGCUGCAAGCGAAAAAGGAGCAGCACAACACGGUGCACGGUUCGGGCUCUGCAUGACGCCGCUGCUUCGCCAUCGCCGGCAGCACCAUAUACUUGACAUCCACACACGUUCUCGUGGGUUUUUACGGACGAGGUCGACUGAUCCCCGCACAACGAUGUGGGCGAGGCAUGUCUAGACGCGAGGGUAUCCUUGCCGUGGACCGUGCCGCUUGAAUGUACCACGCGUUCCGCGGUGCGUGACAUCCGGAGCCGACUGCCUACCUUAUCAGAACGUAGGAAUGGUGUUGUUUCGGAUACGUACUGCGUAGUUUGACUCGUUCACCGAUCUGGCCGAUCUGGCCACCACCUUGUGUAGGUAGGACCUCAACCCUUGCAAGAGAGUUGGUACAAAAGAAUGUAGAGGCUAAGGUCACGCGUGCUUAGCCCGUUCUCGUUUGCCCAGCAGGAUAUGUUGUGUGGUGGUCGAAACCAUCAUUCCGGACAAUGGGCCGACCUAACUACCGGUUGCGGUUUCGGCGUCGAUUAUCGUUUGCAACAAAGUUUCCGUUGUUUAUGUUGUGUAAACGGGGCUAGCCGUCCCGGGGUGUUAGAAAUACUUGUAGCAUAGUAAUGUGGUUGAAUAUGGGGCAUGGAUCUACGGAGAUUGCAGUUGGUAGAUCGCGGAGGAACAGGGAGUUUCUGCUUGGUUUCUUCGGAGAUUCGAUGAGUGAUCUGAAUUGCGUGACGGAUAGGUGUGGUGACGCACUCUUCGGCUGCUCGGCCUCGAGUGGUCUCUGCCCUUCCCUCUUUCCUCUAAUACAAGACUUUCCCAUCUCGGCCCUCACUGGCCGAGCUGCCUUUCUCCACAAACCUACAAGCUUCGGCCUACCCGGUUUAUCCAACACGCUAGCGUUAACGACUUUGUCGAGGGUGAUUGGGUAGCGCCGAUGGGCAGCCGCAUGCGCGGCUGACGACACCCAACCAGACGAAGAGGCCACCAACGGCGAGGGCCUGCACAGCAGCAGCAACCCCAAGACCUACAGCAGCGCCAUCGUCAGCUGCAGCCCGCCGUCUACUUGGGUAGUAGGCCCGCUCAGGCACGUGAUGACUUUUCAGUUUCCUACUGGACUGUUGUUGGUAUCAACACACCCAUUGCGACCAACUUUCUCUCCCCGGC